AUGUUGACACUCGCCAACGUCACUUGGCUCGACAUACUACUAUGUCUUGCUUGUGCCGGAGUGUAUUUGCUAAAGUGGGUUUUUAACACGAAGCACCCUGCACCAUAUCCUCCUGGUCCCCCGGGGUGGCCUCUCAUCGGGAACAUCUUAGACAUGCAUCACAUCCGAGUCAAGCCCUGGCUCACCUUCGCUAUGUGGGGCAAGAAGUAUGGUAAUAUCUCGCACAUCCAAGUUAUGGGUCAACACACCGUGGUGCUGAACUCCGUCAAGGCUGCGAUAGAUAUGUUGGACAAGAAGAGCACACUGUACUCUGACCGUCCUAUUUUUCCUGUUGGCGGUGAACUUGUUGGCUGGAAACACAGCCUAGCCCUUGUCCCUGACGGUGACCGCUGUCGCCGGUACCGCAGGAACAUCCAUCGCGUGAUUGGCAGCCGAGCCGCAGUAGGCAUAUACAGCCAGAUCGAAGAGGUCGAGACUCGCCGAUUCCUUAAGCGUGUGCUCACAAAACCCGGUCAACUACAGGCACAUGUCCGACACACCGCUGGUGCCAUCAUCCUGCGCAUCUCUUAUGGUUACGAAGUGAUGAAGAAUGACGAUCCUUUCGUUGACCUUGUGGAUCGCGCUGUAGUUCUAUUCUCGCGUUUCACUCUUCCUGGUGCCUUUGUGGCUGAUUCUAUGCCAUUUUUGAUCAAAGCCCCCGAAUGGUUCCCUGGUGCCGGCUUCAAGCGCCUAGUCCGUGAAUGGCGCGAGACCGUCGAAAAGAUGGCUUUUACACCGUACAAUUUCGUCAAGGAUCAAAUGGCUGCUGGAAUUGCCCCGGAGUCUUUUACUUCGAAUCUGUUGGAAAAUCGUACGUUGUCCAUAGAAGAUGAGAAUGUUGUGAAGUGGUCUGCUGCAUCUCUAUACGCCGGCGGUGCCGACACGACUGUUUCUGCGAUCUACUCGUUCUUCCUGGCCAUGACACUAUUCCAUGACGUACAGAAGAAGGCUCAGGCCGAAAUAGAUGCUGUCAUCGGUCCUGAUCGUCUUCCCUCCUUCGUUGACAGAGGAUCUCUCCCCUAUACUGAUGCACUUGCUAAAGAAGUACUACGAUGGAAUGUUGUCACCCCUAUCGGUGUCCCCCACCGUGUCACUGAGGAUGACAUUCAUGACGGGUAUUUCAUUCCAAAAGGUUCCUUAGUAAUACCUAACAUUUGGUUCAUGCUCAAUGACCCGCAAACAUAUCCUAGUCCCUUGCAAUUCAACCCUGAACGAUUUUUGUCUAAUGAUGGAAAGAAGCCUGAGACCGACCCCCGCAAAAUCUGCUUUGGCUUUGGAAGACGUAUCUGUCCAGGUAUGCACCUCGCUGAAGCCUCCAUCUGGAUCUCCAUCGUGAUGUCACUGGCCGUGUUCGAUAUCUCCAAAAUUGUCGAGAACGGUGUUGAGAUCACUCCUGAGGUUGAUUGCUCAUUAGGCACGAUCAGCCAUCCGAAGCCCUUUAAGUGUUCUAUUAAGCCCCGCUCUGCGAAAGCCGUCGAGCUUAUUGAACAGGAUGCUAACUACUAA